AUGGAUACGACUGUGACUUCUGCUUAUAAACGAAGUCGAGUAAUGAAUUAUGUCAGGGAACAAUCCAAGUUGAUUGACGAGAGUAUCGAUAAACCUAUUAGGAAGCCUAUCAAGAGUAAACCUAUCAAGAAGUCUGCCAAGAGUAAACAUAUUAGGAAUACCAAGAGAUUAUCUAUUAAACCUUUAUUAUAUGGCCCACUAUCAAAAACCUCACUUGGACUAUUCAAUAAAGGGGUAUACUCUAAACCUCUACUCAUCAACACGGCUACUCCCUCUUUAAACUCUCUGAAAUCUACUACUCAACUUGAUACUCUUCUCCCUGAUACUACUGUCAAGUCAUCUACUAUGCUCAGUCCUUCUCCCAUCUUAUUUAGUGAUCUAGAUUCUAAUUUUAUAUCUCCAUCUGACAUCUCCAUCAUUUCUGCUCCACAGCAGUCCAAAGCUGAAUGGCCAACUAUCAAUUCCGAGUCCAUCAGCUGUACAUCAGAUUCACCCAUCAAUACAAGUAUCACAUCAGAUCUGAUAAAACCAAGAUCCUUCCCUUUUCUGAUAAUGAGCGACGAUCAACAAUCACAAGUGAAUACCGAAGUCGAAGAAAAAGGCCACUAUGGUCAGGCCAAGAAAGAUAUGGAAACUGUCCACAGCUAUUUUGAAGAGUCAUCUCAACAAGUCGAUCAAAAUAAGUUGCACAAGGCAUUGGAUUCCAUCACUGAAUCCAAAAAAGAACUGACAAGCAAAACUGACAAAGAACUCGCAAUGGAAAAAGUCACUGUUGCCAAGGAGGAUCUAGAGUUGAUAAUAAAAGAGUUUGAAAUCACCAAGCUGCAGGCUGACAAGGUGCUACGGGAAUGUGGUGGAGAUGUUAUUGCUGCUAUGACUAGAUUGGUUAAUACAUAA